CAGUGGGAUAUUGGCACCGUGGAGGUAUUUUCCCUCCACAGCUCUUCAUUUGAUUUAUUCCAUUCUCAACUGAAGGGUAAAUGUUGAUGAUGGAGGACGACGAACUAGACGCUCAUCAGGUUGAUUCGGAUUUCGAGCCGCAGAGCCGGCCUCGCUCGUGCACCUGGCCGCUACCUUGCCCGGAGGAUUUCCCCGGCGGACACGAGGUCAGCGGGGGUCUCCCGCUGGCCAACAUCAAGGUGGAACCGGAGGACAUCCCGGCUUGUAGAGGGGGGCUCGUGGGUGGAACACCGGGAGAGCUGAAGCAUCCAGCCGGCGCCCCGGCACCCACAGGCGCGACGCACCCAUGCCUGGCUGGCGCGGCGCUCGAUGUGACCGGACCGCUGCGCAAAGCCAAAUCCUCGCGGCGGAACGCGUGGGGGAACCAGUCCUACGCGGAUCUCAUUACCCGAGCCAUUGAGAGCACCGCAGAAAAGAGACUCACGCUGUCACAGAUCUACGACUGGAUGGUCCGUUAUGUGCCCUAUUUCAAGGAUAAGGGCGACAGUAACAGCUCAGCUGGCUGGAAGAACUCCAUCCGACACAACCUUUCCCUCCACACGCGGUUUAUCAGGGUGCAGAAUGAAGGAACAGGGAAAAGUUCUUGGUGGAUGCUGAACCCAGAUGGAGGCAAGAUGGGAAAGGCCCCCCGCCGGCGAGCUGUCUCCAUGGACAACAGCACCAAAUACCUAAAAAGCAAAGGUCGCAUCAGAGGCAAGAGGGUCGGCCGUCCUGGGAUAGGAGCAGCGUCUGCUGUGGUGGGUCUACAGGGCUCCCCUGAACAUGGCAGCCCACCACGGAAAUGCCUCCCAGGGUCUGGAGGGGCAUCUGGGACAGAUGGAGAGUUUGACGCUUGGACAGACCUCCAUUCCAGGGCAAGUUCAUCAGCCUCCACCCUGAGUGGGCGUCUGUCACCUAUUCUUGCUGAGGGAGAGCCUGAGGAACCGGAGGAGGGUGGCCUGUCUUGCUCCACCUCCCCCCAUCUGUACCCCUCACCUACCAGUGCCCGCUCUCCGUCGAUGGGGACAGGGAAUCGUUGUCCCCCCUUAGAGCAGCUGCCUCAGCUUGCUAACCUGACAGGUGCCAUCAGCCUGGAUGAGCAACAUAAGCACCAAACUCCUGUCUACCACUACAGCUCUGGUGUGAAAGGGCAGAGCCCCUAUGGUGCAGGUGUUUAUGGUACAACAGGCAUGGGGAUGCUGUGCCACCACUCACCCAUGCAGACCAUUCAGGAGAACAAGCCAGCAAGUUUCUCUGGAACCAUGCGAGCAUACUCCAGCACCAACGCCCUGCAGAGUCUGCUAACAGGGGGUCCAGCAGGGCAGCAAUACUGUUCCAAGGACAUGAUGCUGGGACAGGACAGAGACAACCACCCUAUGAUGGGUCAAGCUAGUAAUGGAGUAGGCUCCAACCAUCACAGCCACCACCCUGGCCUCCACAAUGGCCACAGCCACAAUGGACCUCAUAGUCACAACUCAGCUCACAGCCAUAAUAGAACUCACAGUCAUAGUCGUAGUCACAACAAUGUAACCAACCACAACCACAACUCACCUCACAGCCUCACCCACAACAGUCACAACCUCAGCCAGAGCCAUAACAACACACCUCCCCGGGCUGUGGCCCUGACCCCACGCGGCAACAGCAAUCAGCUGCACACCUACAACCACAAAGCCCCAUACCUGUACAGCCCACCAUCACAUGCCCAUCUCCCUGCCUCCACCACCCUCCCCCCAAACCCAGCAGGCAUGCUUGGCAUGCCUCAGGACUCCUGCCAUGUGGCAACUGCCCCACACCCCCGUCACAACCAUUACCCUGACCCACAACACCAAGGCAUGACAAAUGGACCAUACCACCAUGGGCAGGGAGUAGGGAAUGGCAGUGUUGGUACCAACUACCACAGCUAUCUCCAACCGCACACACUUGAGAGACUACCACCUGACCUGGACAUUGACAUGUUCCACGGUAGCUUGGACUGUGAUGUGGAGUCCAUCCUCCUCCAUGACAUUAUGGACUCUGGGGAGGAGAUAGACUUCAACUUUGACUGCUCUCUAGCCCAGGGGGUGGGCAUCGGCAUGGGUAUGGGCAUGGGUGUGACCAUGGGCAUGGGAGGUCUGGCUGGUCCACAGCAAGCCCACAGCAACCAGAGCUGGGUGCCUGGUUGAACUCCAGGACAACACAUCCUACCCCUCUGAAAGAACUACUCUGCCCAUGAAGCACUGUGCUCAACUGUGACAUUCCUGACUUGACACAGAGACUAAAGGACCAACACUCCCGUCUCUCUUUGUUGUCUUGACAAUUUAUCUGUCACCCUAUUCUCUUUUGAUUUCCCUUUCCCCCCACAGAGCUCUAGCUCAUGUCACAUUAGGUUCUUAUUCAUAUCAGCUAUACUGUGAUGACAAUCUCUCAGCUGUGCUUGCCCAACAUCGCUUCUCAUCUACCAUGAGAACUGAACUCUCAAUGCACUUUACUGCAAGUGGGUCACAUCUUUCAGUGCAAGGCAUUCACAGAGCAGCUCAGGCAGAACAUGGCAUGUGUUGUAAGGUGGCUGCAGGAUUUAACAGAAACAAAUGAGGAAUUUACAAGCUUUGAUGAUUAAGUGUGAGAUCUGUACAUUGAAUUAUUAGUAGACCUCUUUUCCUGUGCUGACAUUGUCAUUGGUGGGGACAAUACAUUUAUUGGCAGAAAUUAAAAGUUGCUUUAUGAAAUUCAGAGUUCAAACAAAGCCUUUUUGCAUUGCCAAAGUGCCAUUAAAUUUUACCCUGACAUGGCGUUGGUCUUACUGCACUUAUAAAUUAUAUUCACCCAAACAUCAGGACCUCCACCUUAACUGUCUGACAUAAGCAGUCCUGUUAUAAACAGCUUUAAGUUGUCCUUGUUGCUUUGACCUAUCUGGUGACAACAUUUUGCUGAUGCCCUUUUGCCAUUGGCCACUGAAUAUUUGCUGCGCAUCAUUAAAUGGAUUCUAUCAUUACUGGCAAGCAAGCAAUUUGGUGAAUUAAAAUGUCGUAUCACCUCGUCUCACCUGAGCCUCUCAUGCCUCUUGCUCUCACUCUCUCUCCCUUUCUCUUUCUUUCUGCCUGCCAGUGGAGACAAAGUGACCAUUCCUCACACCAAGCCAUUAAUGUGGGCUUGAUUGAAAUUCAGCAUCUUGCUUUUAAUCUCCAAAGUGAUGCGGCAGCGAUGCGUCAUUAUUGAGACUCUUUCGCAUUGUCCUCCCAUCCCUCACCCCGGCCGUCCAGGGCCGCCGAUCACCUCACCAACUCAAUGUGCCAGGGAAGCAGGAUAAAACCGUGAUUAACGCCGAGUCACUCUGCCUGCUGUCCUGCUCUGAGGAGGGCCAAUGUCACUGUCCACUUGUCUGCUCACAGAGGGUACAGAAAGAAAAAGGUGUAGAACAAAAGUCUAUUGUUGCAGUGGGAUCAAUCAUAGGCCUCAGUUACCAUGCUCUUUGGUUGUGUGUGUCUGAAAACUGGUAGUGUAUUUGUGUAGUAAAUCAUCUCCAUUAUUUGUAUUUUGUGUUCCCCUGCUUCCAUGUUUUACCCUGAGCUUCAAAUUCUCAAAUGCGUGCAAAGGUAAAGGUUUAAGGAGAAAACAAUCAAUCAAUCUGUGUGGCAUGGGUCAGUGUCAAAAGGAUUGUAAUGCCCCACAGCCAUCAACAUCCACUUUUUGUGUGUUUAUUCUGUUGUCUUGUAGUUGCUGUUGUAUUGUUGAAAUUCUAAGGACCAACGAGGACUGCGCUGAAACAUCCAUAGUGUAUGAAUGGAUUUCAAUGGUGAAAUGAUGUUGGUAGUGCAGUAUGACCUUCCUACGCAGCCCAACCGUGCACCCCUCCCACAUGUGCUCUGCUCAAUUGUCUCUGUGUUUGUGAGUGGGGGGAGUCUGAAGCUUGCUUCUCACUGGCCUUGGGAGAGAAAAAAAGAGGACACCCCUAUUCUCUAGUUCCCUCAAGGAGACUCUCUGCGCUCAGUCUGUACCAAGUGUAGCACACAAAGAAAAAUGAGGGGUGGGGGGGUGGGUAGGAUUGGGG